AUGAAUGAUGUGAAGCUUGCUGUCUUGGGUGGCGAAGGAACAGGCAAAUCUGCCCUUAUAGUAAGGUUUCUUACCAAGCGAUUCAUUGGAGAAUAUGCUUCUAAUUUGGAAUCUAUCUAUAAUAAGCAUUUGUGUUUGGAAGGGAAGCAACUGAAUCUAGAAAUAUAUGACCCUUGUUCUCAAUCACAGAAAGCAAAAUUUUCCCUCACAAGUGAGCUGCAUUGGGCAGAUGGGUUUAUUGUUGUGUAUGACAUCAGUGACAGGUCCUCGUUUGCUUUGGCAAAAGCACUGAUCUACAGAAUUCGGGAGCCACAAACAAGUCAUUGUAAAAGAGCUGUGGAAUCAGCAGUGCUUUUGGUUGGUAACAAACAAGAUCUCUGUCAUGUGCGAGAGGUUGGCUGGGAAGAAGGACAAAAACUGGCAUUGGAUAACCGAUGCCAAUUCUGUGAACUGUCUGCAGCAGAGCAGUCUCUGGAGGUAGAAAUGAUGUUUAUCAGAAUCAUCAAGGACAUCCUGACAAACUUCAAACUCAAAGAAAAGAGAAGAUCCAGUGGAUCUAAGUCAAUGGUCAAAUUAAUCAAUAAUGUAUUUGGAAAGAGAAGGAAAUCUGUUUAG